CCUCCACCACACUCAGCUCGCUUCACACUGCUUCUCCGGCCACUCUCCGAUCAGCUUUUCCGAAUCGUCCUUCUGGAUUUCGUGUUCUCUUAACCUCAGUGACACUCCUUGCAGCUAAUGCGCAAGUCAGGAUAGUAGCAUGUCAAGCAAUUUUGUGCCACAACAGUUGCCAAUAUCAAGCAUGGAAAUGGGUCAGCUGGAACCCAUUUUGAAAGAUGUUGGCUCAUCAACACCGGAAAUCCAAAUGGGAGUGAUUAGUUCUGUAUCUAGUGGCUUUGGAUCACAGCAGUUUAUGUUAUCAAACAGCCAGAUGGAAAUGAUGCCUAGUUAUACUGAUUCACAGGGAUUAUCUACAGCAUACAUGCAAAUGGGACACUUCUCCAAUGCCAAUGGCAAUCUUGGUGCACAGGAGCUUGUUACACCUAGCAAUCAAUUUGGAGGAAUGGGUGCUCUGCCUACAAAUGUGGGAUCAUAUCAGUCGUUUGCAUCCAUGAAGAGGAAGGCACCAUUGGAACCCAUGUUUGUUGACCCUGGGUUGUUGAUGCCAAACAAGAGGGUUGCACAAUUGGAGCACAGACCAUGGUUGCAACAAGGGGCUGCAGAAAACAAAAGAGCAGUGCAACUGGGAUCCAUGGCCAGUGUUCCAGGGUCUCAGAAUGUACCGGCUUCAAAUAAGAAAAUGGUAAAGAUGGAUUCCUUUUCUGGCAGAUCUGGGUCUACUCAGCGGUCUUCAAAUCAAAAGAAUCAAACUACGCAAUUACAACCAUCUCCAAAGGGUCAAAAUGAAUCAUUUGAAUCUGUCAGGUCCAAGAUGAGGGAAACAUUAGCAGCUGCUUUGUCCUUAGUUAAUCAGCAGCAAGAUAAAUCUAUGGAAUCAGAUAACAAGUCUCAGGGGAAUAAACAUGAGAGUCCUGGUCCUGUUAAACAUGAAUUUAAAGAACAGCCCAAGGAUAAUUUACUGUCAAGUGAAUUGAAACAUGAGAGUCCUGGUCCUGUUAAACAUGAAUUUAAAGAACAGCCCAAGGAUAAUUUACCAUCAAGUGAAACUUGUUCCUCUCCGAAGAGCAACAUCAUUGAAGGUGCUGGCCAGAACAUUAUGUCCAAUGGAAAUACUAGUAAUUCUACAUUGACCUCUAUAUGUGAUGGGAAGGAGUUCCAAUCGAGUAAUAUUCUGCCUUUUGAUGUCUCAUUUGGCGAUACUUUGUUUGUCAAAGAUGAACUCUUGCAGGGAAAUGGGCUCUCCUGGGUACUGGAAUCUGAUAUUGAGUUGUCAGACAGAAAUGAUAUUUUUCCUUCUAUAAAACAAGAGUCCAAAGAGAUGCGACACCCGGAAGAAGAACCAGUUCAUUCUCUUCAACAGGUGGCUGUUCAAUCUCCAGAGCAGUUGGCCUUUGAAAUUGAAGCUCAACUAUUCAAAUUAUUUGGAGGUGUGAACAAGAAGUAUAAAGAGAAGGGAAGGUCCCUUUUGUUCAAUCUGAAAGAUCGUAACAAUCCGGAACUCAGGGAGAGAGUUAUGUCUGGAGAUAUAACUCCAGAACGCUUGUGUUCUAUGACUGCUGAGGAACUUGCUUCAAAGGAGCUUUCUGAGUGGCGGAUGGCAAAGGCAGAAGAGCUUGCACAGAUGGUGGUUAUACCUGAUUCAGAACUUGAUAUGAGGCGCUUAGUGAAGAAAACGCACAAAGGUGAAGUUGAAGUUGAACAAUUUGAUGAUACUCCAAUGGAGGUCCCAAUUUCACAUGAUCGGGGCCAACCGAGAAGCAAGGAGACAGAAGUAUCUACCCCUCUGAAAUCUGUUAAGCGGAGGAAUGCGGGGAGAGCUCGAGGUCAAAAUAAUAAUGAAGAGGAGUCCUUUACUUUUCCUUCAAGCGAUGGGGGUGAUUUAUUGCAAGGGCUUAUGGUGGAUGAUGGGUUGAAAGAUCUUCCUCCAAUCGUCUCACUAGAUGAGUUCAUGGAAUCGUUGGAUAAUGAACCGCCUUUUGAGAUUCCACCUGCCUCAGAAAAGGAGGACUCAGAGACUAGCUCACAUUUGAAGGCUUCUGGUUCAAGUCCCAAAGAUUCUGUUCAUUCUUCCCCAGCUAAAGGUGAUGAAAUUGAUGCAACAGAUUCAAACCCAGAAGCUGUCACCAAAUCUGAAGACAGUCCUGCUGUCAUCAAAUCUGAAGACAAUCAUGCUGCCAUCAAAUCUGAAGACAAUUCUGUUGUGAGUAAAACAAGUGACACUGCUGCUGUGAUGUCUGGAGACACUGGUGCUGAUCUGAAGUCCAGUAGCAGUAUAGAAAAAACAACAGAACCUACACCCGUUCAGAAACCCAAGGGCGAACAGUGGUGGGGAGGUUCCCUCCAGCUGAGUGCCUCGACCAAGCCUUCUGUUAUUGGCAUCUUUAAAUGCGGUGAGAAAACCUCUGCAAAAGAGUGGCCGGGGUCUGUUGAGAUCAAAGGCAGAGUCAAGCUUGAUGCUUUUGAGAACUUCCUACAUGAGCUUCCACAAUCCCGUAGUCGAGCCGUUAUGGUUGUGCAUUUCGUUCCUAAUGAGGGGUCGUCAGAGGCUGAAAGUGCAGCCCUUCGUGAGGUCCGAGAUUCUUAUAUUUCAGAUGAGAGAGUCGGUUUUGCUGAGCCUUGUUCUCGUUUCGAACUAUAUGUUUGCCCUCCCCAUUAUAAAACUUGUGAGAUGCUCGGCAAGGUCAUUCAGAAGGAACACGUUGAGGCACUCAACACUAUUGAUAAUGGCCUUCUUGGUGUUAUUGUGUGGAGAAAAUUAACUUCCCCUAAAUUAUCGUCCCACCAGAAGCACGCUUCCAAAAAGCAACACUAUAGUAGUUCUAGUUCUAGGAGGCAUCAUGAUUCAAAUUCGAAUGCGAAUUACAAUUCCAAGCCCUCUCAGCCUAGAGUCGUACCCCCCGCCCAUACCAAUGUUACACAUGAUGAUGAGGACGAGGUUCCUCCUGGAUUUGGCCCUCCGGCUUCCCGGGAUGAUGACGACCUUCCUGAAUUCAAUUAUAGUGGUGCAUCGAAUCCCUCCGUGCCACAGAUUUCUUCCCACAGGCCCUCUAGGGGGCCUGGGAUGUUUUCCGAGUCUUCAACUUCCCGUCCUGUAGAUAAAAUGAGAGAGCUGAUUCUUAGAUAUGGACAAAAUAACAGUCGAGCCUCAUGGAAUAAUGAUGAUGACGACGAUGACAUCCCAGAGUGGCAGCCAACUGCACCUCCAACCCAGUACCAUCGUCCACAGCUACAAGCAUUGAAUAGCUACCAGCAGCCAAUCAUGCGACCUCAUACUGGUUCUCCACUUCAGCAGCAGCAGCAGCAGCAGCCAUUGCAGUCUUUGCAACAACAAGUGCAUGUGGCACCAGGCUUACCGACUUCUAAUCCUUAUUGGCAGCAAGGGAAUCAGUGGGUUCCUCCUCCCCAGAGUGUAGGUGUGUGGGCGACUAAUGUACCUUCUCAGCCUGAAUCAGGGCAAUUUUAUGGAGAACCUGAUAGAGGAACAGCAGAUCAGCCGGGAUUAGCAUGGCGACAGAAUGCUCCUAGAAGUAGAGGGUUUUAAUUGUUUCAUUCGUUGUUUCUUUUCUCAUGUAAAGCGCUCAGUACGGUUUUGUAUUCUCAAGCAAUGUAGUAGCCCUUGUAAGCAUAGAUGCUCUGUGUUUGUUGGUGUAGCUCAAACGAGAUUAAGAGCUUUGUGCUAGUACUCAUCCAGUCAUCCUUGUAGGCAUUACCUGCAAAAACGUCUUUUGGGUAAUAAUGUUUUGCAACUUUUACCGUAGAACGAAACCAAGAAAGUAGUUGUAUAAUUCUGAGACCAUAAUGUAGUUUGCUGGUGGCUUAUUAUUGAACUGCCUCUUUAAGAG